GUAAUGGGCUAAAUUCAUUUGGGCCCAAAAUAUAUAAUGCUCUAUGCUCCUCCGUAUCUGAACUCCUUUUGAAUUCUCGAUCUCUUCUCCCCUAAACCCUGUUAAAAAUGCUCUCUCUGCGUUCGCUUCUCUGUAAAACCCCAAAAUCAUCACCAUUUCUGUGUGCUUUCUCUACCCAAAGCUCAACCGAUGCCAGCGCAGCGCCGGAGACUCUGACGACGUCGAGAUACGAUGAGCUGAUUAAUAAAGCCGGCCGGAAUGGGGACUUCGACGCCGUCCAAUCCCUCCUCGAGCAGCGGGGGAAACACGGCUUAUUCUGCACCAACUACACCUUCAAGUUCAUCUCCCGCGACAUCUCUAAGCUCGACGAUCUCCUUGCGGCGCUAUCUCGCAUCGACCAGCGCUUCGCCAGGAAGAGCGCGCACGACUGCCUCGUGGCUCGCCUCUCGAAGCUUCGCCACUUGCCGCACGCGCUGCGCGUGGCCGAGAUCGUGGUGCGCGAGGGCUACGGCUCCAACGCCGUCACUUUCCACCCUAUACUCAACGAGCUCACCAAGAUGAGGAAAUUCAAGGAGGCGUGGCGCGUGGUGGAGGCGAUGAAGGACUUGAAAGUCCGCCCGGAUCUCACCGCCUACAACUAUAUUCUCACCGGCUAUUGCUACGUCCGCGAUCUAAGCUCAGCCGCCGGAGUUCUCACCAAUUUGGAGAAUGAGAAGCUGGGAGCGGACACUAGGACGUACGACGCGCUGGUUUUGGGCGCGUGCAGGGACGGAAAACCAGACGCAGCGCUGAGGCUGCUGAUUAGAAUGGAGGACGAGGGGAUUUCGCCGUUGUAUUCAACACACGCGCACAUUAUCGGAUCAAUGGUGAGGCUAGGUUUUCAUGCGCAGGCGCUGGAGUUUGUAAUGACCUGUUCUGGAAGAGACUUGAAAUUAGAUUACGAGAAUUUCGGGACAUUGGCGACGAAAUUGAUUUACAGGAAGAGAUUUGAAGAUGCCAAAGUAGUUGUAAAAGAGAUGAAGCAAAGAGGAAUAGAAAUGGGGGAGAAAUUGAAGGAGUUUUAUGAUAUGCACGCCAUAGAUGAGCAUGAUGCAGCAGCUGGAAAGACUGAGUAAAUUUUAACUUGGAUCUUCUCUGCAUUUGCCAUUUGGAGGAGAAAGAAAAAUUUUCUGCUAAAAGGCAUUCUUCUUUUAGGGUUAGCUCAAGUGGUCGAUCAUCUGACUUGAAGUCAAACACUCCAGCAACAGUAUUUUGGAGCUAAGACUCCAAGUUGGUGGAAUUGUGGUGAUGGAUCAAUCAACAAUAGGGAUUGCUUUGGUGACUUGUGAUUUACCAAAAAAAAAAAAAGAAUGAAAAACCUUGAUUUAUGUUAUUGAUGUUCUAUUUCGAAAGCUCAUAACAUAAGACAUAUACACAUGCACUAGAGUCUACAGUGCACUAUGAACCUUGAGUCUACCGUGCACUAUGAACCUUGAUUCAUUGCGUAAGGAUUGCUCAAUGACCCAAUCUAUCUACCAACUCACCCAUCAUUAUUUUUACUUUUGCAAAAUAUUUGAUUC